GGACCUUCUCUCCCUUCACUACCAUACCUCCCCGUCUCACACCUUAACUCCUCAACUCCCACACGUUUACGAGUUAAUUUGGUAGCAGCAUGGCUGGUUCAAGUGCCAUGCUUGUGCAGCUCACUCUGAUGCUUGCUUUACUCUCAUGUUCAAUGGCUCAAAGUCCAUCGGCAUCACCCACAAUGUCACCAAGUUCAAGCACCACCCCCUCUCCCGUUGCCACUCCACCACCAACCACCAUGACCCCUCCCCCAGCCAUGACUCCAAUGUCAGCACCCGCACCGUCAAUCCCCAUGGCUCCUACCCCUUCAACUACUCCAAUGGCCCCAACCCCAUCCUCUGUCCCAGAGGCACCAACCCCAUCAAUGAACAGUUCACCACCGGCACCUCCACCUAUGACGCCUCCAUCUAUGACGCCUAAUUCAGAACCUACAGCUCCAGCUCCACCUCCAGUCAUGACCCCUGGGGCGGGCCCACCAGGUUCCGCUGCUUCUACACGUGAAUACACCAUGUCCUUGUUAGCAUUGCUUGGAGGAGUUGCACUCUUUGUUUAGGACACUUCUUUUUUGGGUUUCGUUUACUUUGAUGUAGAUUAAGCUAUUUAUUUGUGUAUUCUUUUUUCCUUGUUCCAUUUUCUCUCUCUUCUCGUCGAUUCUUGGAGCUGAUGCUUUUGUGAUUUGUGAGGGCUCUUUUGUAGCAUUUUUACUUUAGCUUAAUAAAGAGAGACUUUGUGAUU